AUGGCCAAACCUCGUAUGCUUUCUCAUGAAGAAGUCGCUAAAAUGCUAAAGACACAAGUUCCGCCUUCUGAAUGCACGCAGAUAGAAACCAUGCGCUAUGCAGUCCAAUCGGUUUUAAGCGUUCCUUUUGCUCCCGUAUCAAUGAAAGAUCGGUUAGUCCGUUUUGGCAUCAGUGAGUUUGAAGCUUUUCAGCUAAUUAACCACCCGCCAGCUAAGAUUCUUGAUUUGUACGUUGUAGUGGAAGAACUAGAAGAAAGACUUUCUACUGAAGUUGUUGAGGAGAUUAUUAAGAUGUUCUCUGCUUAUGUCGAAUAG